GCUAGAAUCUGACGCAUUUGCUCAAAAUCUCAAGGCACCUUCCUUGCAGUAGUGACUUAGAGCAUGUUUAUUGGGGUAUUUAAGUGUGGCUCUUAGUAUAAUAAAUAAUUAAAUUAAGAAGAAAAUAGCCAUUUACUUAAGAGACUUGUCUUAAUUAAGGGCCAGAAGAAACGUUUCUUGUGGGAUAGGUGUUUCUUUCUCUCUUCAACGAAGCUUUGAUCGGUAUCUUCUGCCUUCCAUGGCCAGUGAAAGCAGCAGAAUCGGAUUGUUUAUGAACCCGGAGGUGACCACGAGCGGAAGACCAGUGCUCCGCCGCAACGAAGUCGAGUGCUUCCUCCUCUCCUCUGUCGACCUAGAUUCCGAAGACGAUCCACCGCGAUUCACCUCCCUGAGGCACUAGAGAACCUCGCCGUUCUGAGUUAUCAAUCCUCACCGAACUUUGUCACCAAAAUUUCCGCCUCCGUUUCUCCCAGGUGAUCCCGACUCGAACCUAAGUCUCUGAUUGCCUCUUUCAUAUCUCAUUUCACGCAGUCUUCUUAUCGCUUUGAGAGGAUCAAUCUGAUUAGUUAGUUUUGAUUCUACAGAGCUUGCAUCCUGCGUUUUAUCUGACUGAUGACGCUUGAUGAUUAUAAGGUGGAAGAAACUAAGUAUAAUUGGUGAUCUUCAGUUGCAGCAACAGUUAAAGGUGGAGCUUAUGGUUUCAUCUCGGUGGUGUUGUGGAGUGGGUUAUAUCAGUUUCAGGUCUGUAGUUCUGAAAGUAGAGAAGACAAACAUACCUCAUGGAUCUGCAACUAUAGGUAGUGUAGCUUCUUCAUCAAAAGUUGUUUAUCCAGAUACAGCUCAGAUGAUCGUUUAUGACCCAACAAAGAAAUCAGAGUUUUCUAGUUCGGUAAAACCAAUGGCGGCUUCUGCUUCGAACACCUUUCAAAGUAAUGUGACAGCAACUGCAACUCAUGUCUCAGCCAACACAUUUGAUGAAAUACCAAAGACUACUCCACCUGCAUUGUUAGCUUUUUUAGCUAACUUGCCUCAUGUUGACGAGUUUCACGGAGGUUGUGGAAGUUACGGAUCCACCGCGAACCGGUGCCGGAGUGCUUCGCCGGCGGAUUAUGUGUUCUCUAAUGGUCCGCAAGUUUCUCGAGGGUGGAGGAACAACUGAUUAUUCUAUUGGUGUUGCAGCGAUUCGAUCUUCAUCUGCAAGUAUGAGGCCGGUGUUCGUGGGGAACUUUGAGUAUGAAACUCGCCAAUCGGAGCUGAAACGGUUGUUCAGAAAGUACGGGAGAGUGGAGCGCGUUGACAUGAAGUCUGGUAUACUCUUUACUUGCUUCGUUUAGAGAAGAAUUUGCUUCGCCGAUCUAUUUGAUGUUCACUUUGAUACAUAGGAUGCUUGAUUUUGAGUAACUUUGAGUAACAUGGAUUUUGUAUUAGGAGAAAUCAAAGGAACCAGUAGUAUAAGAAAAAAGUGAUGAAGAAGUUGUAGCUUGUUAAGUGUUUGUUUGGUGGCAGGAGGCUUUCUCCAUAGAAGCCAUUGAGUUUCCAACCUCUUCCCUGCAAAUUACAUUCCUACGUUUUCAUGCCUACCUUUAUCAUCUCAUCUUUGUGCCUAAAAUCUUCGUUGAGUCUAGAGAUACAUAUCUUCUAUGUCACCAUCAUCAUCAUACGUUGUUUUGUUUCUCUUCUUCAUGUCUUUCCAUGUCUGAACUCCUACUGUCAGAAAGCAGUGCCUUUGCAAUCAUUCAGAUUUCAGAAUUGAAAAAUAAAAUUUAGAUUUUUAUUAGCCUUUGGUUGACUGCAACUACACAUCUUUGUUUUCUACUACUUCAUGGAUCGUCUCUGCAUCUUAUGUACACCUGCCUUCCUUCACAUUGAUGCAGGUCUUGUUUUUUGUCAUAUUUAGUUUCAUUUUCUAUAGGUUCAAAACUAAAAAAAGGUGUCUUUUGAACUGAUUUAUUUCCUUCAUUGCAAAUUCGGUGGGCUGUUGAAUCAGAUUGUCUGCAUUACUCUCCUCGACAUCACACACACACACAUGUAAUGUCGAGUCUGUUUUUUUUUAAAUGUCGAGUCUGUUUUUUUUAAAUGUCGAAUCUGUUUGUUGUUGUCUUUGUUUGUCUCUCGUUUGAUCACACUUUGUAAUUCAUCAAUCGUUUGGUUAAGUUAUAAAACUUGAACUUGUUGUUGUCUUGGUUUGUCUCUCGUAUGAUCACACUUUGUAGUUCAUCAAACCUUUGGUUAUGUUAUAAAAGUUGAACUUGUUGUUGUCUUGGUUUGUGUGAUCACACUUUGUAGUUCAUCAAACAUUUGGUUAAGUUAUAAAACUUGAACUUGUUGUUGUC